GUCAAAGUGUGAACGGUUUCAGCUGUGACAUUCUGAUGGAAGAAAAUCCGUUUCAGGCUUUAAAAAUUUCAUCCUCAGAAUUUUUGAACACAUUGGAAAAACGAAGCAUAUGCCCAAAAUGUUUAAAGUCGAGAAAAUUUUACUGCUACAAUUGUUUUGUGCCACUUAAGGGUACAGAGGAUCUUAUCCCAAAAGUGAAGCUACCUUUAAAGAUUGACAUCAUCAAACAUCCCAAUGAGUGUGAUGGUAAGAGUACAUCGGCCCAUGCUGCAGUUCUGGCUGCGGAGGACGUCCAUGUGUAUACCUAUCCUUGUAUUCCAGACUAUCCGGACAGGAGUAAGGUAGUUUUAGUGUUUCCUGGAAAAAAUUCACAAAUUUUAGACGAAAUGGCAAAUGCAUUAAGAACAAAUGAUACCAAACAAAAUGUAGACGGUAUCAGUGGUUGUGAUAAAGAUUCUUUCUUGAGCUCACCAGUGAUGGAGCAAAAGGACUCUUCAACUCCCAAUAUGAAUGGAAACUGUUCCACGUUAGGAAACUUAUCUGAUGAUGGCAAGGGAAACAACUCAGAUGAGUCUGAACUUGACGAAAAGUCUGACAUUUCCUUAUUGAAAAGAAAGGGGCAGGAGGAUCAAGAAUUUCUAAAGAAACUGAAAACAUUUAAAAGGGAACCUCCCUUUGAAAGAGCCAUCUUUAUUGAUAGUACUUGGAAUCAAACUAAAGGGAUAAUUUCUGAUGAUAGACUCAAAGACCUGACCUGUGUUCAACUGAAAUCAAGAGAAACUAAAUUCUGGAGACACCAGAAGGACAAUCCAGCUACAUAUUUAUCCACUAUUGAGGCUGUGUAUUAUUUGGUGCGGGACUACCAUGACCUCUUUGUAGAUGAUGUUUAUGAUGGAGAAUAUGAUGAUCUUUUAUUUUUCUUUAACUUCAUGUACCAAAAAAUAAGGACAGCAUAUGAUGGAGGGAAAAGCUUAAAGACUUACAAAGAAAGAGCUAAACAGAAUUGUGAAAAAGAGGCCUCUGAAUAAAUGUUUUAUUUUAUUGGUA